AUGUCAGUGACAAUCUGCCAGUCCAUGGGCUUCGUGGUGUCCGCCCUGGGGAUCGGAGGCAUCAUCGCAUCCACGUGCAUGGACCAGUGGAGCACCCAGGACCUGUACAACAACCCGGUGACCGCCGUCUUCAACUACCAGGGCCUGUGGCGCACCUGUGUCCGGGAGAGUUCCGGCUUCACCGAGUGCCGCGGCUACUUCACCAUCCUGGGGCUGCCAGCGAUGUUCCAGGCUGUGAGGGCCCUCAUGAUCGUGGGGAUCGUCCUGGGAAUCCUCGGCCUCCUUGUGUGCAUUUUUGCUCUGAAAUGCAUCCGGAUUGGGAGCAUGGAGGAUACUGCCAAAGCCAACAUGACCCUGACCUCUGGCAUCAUGUUCAUUGUUGCUGGCCUGUGUGCCAUCACUGGAGUGUCUGUGUUUGCCAACAUGCUGGUCACAAACUUCUGGAUGUCCACCACCAACAUGUACCAGGGAAUGCAGAACGUCCAGAACAGGUACACCUUUGGCUCAGCCCUCUUCGUCGGAUGGGUGGCGGGGGGCCUGGCCCUCGUGGGAGGCAUCAUGAUGUGCCUUGCUUGCAAAGGGCUCAUCCCAGAAGAAUCCCGCUACAAAGCCGUGUCCUACAACGCCUCGGGCAGGAACAUCUCCUACAGGACAGGGCCCUACAAGGUUGGCUCGGGCUACGAAGCUGACCCAAAGACCAGGAAGGGUGCAGGAUAUGAAGAAGCUCCUCGAAAUGAGGAUGUGAGACGCUCGUACCCUGCGAAAUACGAUUAUGUCUAG